CACUACCUAUGCACAAAGUACAGGUACAUAUAUUUUGAAUUUCAAACUUUUAUUUGCCAGAAGGAUUAAUGAGUUAAGAUGUCAGAUCAAGCACCGUACCUGCGAUUCCAGAAUAAAACUGCAAUAGUAACAGGUGGUUGUGACGGUGUUGGGAGGGGAUGUGUCGAUGUUUUAGCUGCAAAUGGUGGGACGGUAGUCGUUUUCGACAUAAAUGAUGAAAUUGGGUCAAAGUUGAAAUCGGAAGGACCAGGGAAGAUAAUCUUUAUUCACUGUGAUAUGACAAAGGAAAAUGAAAUAAAGAAAUCAAUUGAAGAAACUGUGAAACGUUGCGGCAAAAUAGACUGCCUUGUAAAUAAUGUUGGAUCACAUCCUGGGGCAAUGACAAUUGAUGAUAUAUCAGUUCAAGGUUUCCGAGAUUUACUUGAAAUUAAUCUUGUAAGCAAUUUUACUGCGAGCAAGGUAAGUACAGCUGGGGCAAUGGCGGUAGAUGAUAUAUCAGUUCAAGGGUUUCCGAGAUUUACUUGA